AUGGCAGCUGGAUUGACUUCCACCCCGCCGUUAGCAAAGUACCUGGCCUCAACAGACAAGAAAACCAGGGACAGGGCUAUAAAACAGCUCUCAGCUUUCCUGUCGCAGAGUAGUGCGGAUGACGUAGAUGAACCGACGACGAAGGCACUGCUGCCGCAAGCAGAGAUGGCUAAGCUAUGGAAAGGCAUCUUCUACUGUUUCUGGAUGUCCGACAAACCGCUCGUGCAACAGGCCUUGGCGGCUGAACUAGCUGAAAUGCUCUUGACCAUCAAGAGCACCUGUGCAAGUCUCGACUUCUUGCGCGGUUUCUGGGAUGUUAUCGUCCGGGAAUGGAGUGGGAUCGACCGAUUGAGGAUGGACAAAUAUUAUAUGCUCGUGCGGCGAUUCCUGAACGCGUCAUUCCGGCUUUUGAUGCGGGAUAAUUGGAACGAACCAGCCUGCGCGGAGUACACUCAGAUUAUGCUUGGAGAAAGGGGACCUUUGUGUCCGACCAAUCAAAGGAUACCGCAAUCUCUCGCAUACCACGUCGCAGACAUAUACAUCGAGGAGCUCGGCAAAGCCUUGGAAUCGGUAGACGCGGCUACCACAACCCCUGGUGGAAGAUCCGUACCUCUUGCGAUACUAUUUUCGCCGUUCUUCGAGUUCGCUGCCCGGACCCCGGUCAAGGCCCUUUAUCAACGCGUACAGGAGGCCGUGUUGAACCCUCUGUUCGAUUCCCUCCCUUCGUUGCCGCCAGGUUCGGACGACGAGGACGAAGAACAAACAAGGACUCGCAAGCGACCUCGCCUUUCGUCAACGACAAGCUCCCGUUGUACAUCUUUGUCACAAGGACAGCCCGAUCAUGUGCGGCAACAGUUGCUCCAGCUAUUGUUUGACAAAGCGAGCGCUUCGGAGGUACGGGAUGCAAAUAGGAGACGUAUAUAUGCGUUUUGGCGAGAUGCUGGAGGCGGCGAGUAAUGAUGCUUCAUUCGGCGGUACCAAUCUACACAACCAGUACUGACGGCCAAUCGUAUCCCCGAGCAAUUGCGAUAGUCAAUUCCAUGUUGAUAUUGCGGGAUAAAUAG